AUGGCGCCACGACGCGCAGGUCAGCCCUUCCGCCGGGUGGGCAAGUUGGGCAACACAUCCUACGGCCCACGGAAACCCAAGACGGUUGAUGCCUCGUCACUCCGCAGCGGCGAGGGCACCUCGCAAAACGAAAAACUCGAAUCCACGCGCCUCGCCCACCGCAUCGAUGAGACUAUGGGCUUCGCACGCUUCGACUCCGGCAAGAAGAAAGUGGGAUGGCUUGUCAACAUGCAUUCGACAACAAUAGAAGACGAGGAUGUACCGGGUGGCAGAGCCGGCGUAGACUUUUACUUCAUUGGCGACGAAGGUGACACAUUCAAAGCGACGCUCGAAUACGACCCAUACUUUCUGCUGGCGAUCAAGAAGGGCAGGGAACAAGACGUGGAAGAAUACUGCAAAAAAUCGUACGAGGGCUUGAUCAAGUCGAUCAAGACGGUCGAGAAGGAGGAUCUGAGCAUGCCAAAUCAUCUGACAGGAUACCGGAGAAAGUUCUUGCAACUCACAUUCGCCAACGUAAACGACCUCUUGGCUGUCAGGAAAGCGGUCGCACCAGUGGUAGAGAAGAACAAGAAGAACGUCAAUGCGAUGGAUACAUAUGCCGAGGUUGCAAAUGGCAACGGCGCAUUUGACUUUUUUGAUAACGACGAGUACGAAUACGAGAAACGAUUUACGACCACCGUUGACGCGAGCGAUUUCAUUUUAGACAUUCGGGAAUACGACGUUCCCUACCACGUACGAGUGGCUAUCGACAAGGACGUUCGGAUCGGAAACUGGUACACUGUCGAGGCCAAGCAUGGCGUAAUCAGCAUCAAGUGCAUAGAGGACCGCCUUACACCAGCGGAUCCCGUCGUCAUGGCCUACGAUAUCGAAACAACGAAGCUCCCGCUGAAAUUUCCCGACGCAGCCAUCGAUCAGAUCAUGAUGAUAUCGUACAUGAUCGACGGUCAGGGAUUUCUCAUCACCAACCGCGAAAUCGUAUCAGAAGAUAUUUCGGACUUUGAGUACACGCCAAAACCAGAAUAUCAGGGUCCAUUCAUAAUCUUCAACGAGCCGGACGAGAAGGGGGUGCUGGAACGUUUCUUCGAACACAUCAAGGAAGCUAAGCCAACAGUCAUGGUCACCUACAACGGAGACUUCUUCGAUUGGCCGUUCGUCGAAGCAAGAGCUAGCGUACAGGGUAUCGACAUGUAUCAAGAAAUUGGGUUCAGAAAGAAUAGCGAGGACAUCUAUCAGUCAGACUAUUGUGCUCAUAUGGAUGCCUUCUCUUGGGUCAGUCGAGACAGUUACCUACCUCAAGGAAGUCGUGGUCUGAAGGCUGUUACUAUGGCUAAGCUUGGAUACGACCCCGACGAGCUCGAUCCGGAACUCAUGACACCUUAUGCAGCUGAACGACCGCAAACACUUGCAGAGUACUCUGUCUCCGACGCUGUCGCGACCUACUACUUAUACAUGAAGUAUGUGCACCCGUUCAUCUUCGCUUUGUGCAAGAUCCUACCACUCGGACCAGACGACGCGCUGCGCAAGGGUACAGGUACCCUUUGCGAGAUGCUUUUGAUGGUGCAGGCAUACCAGAAAGGCAUCGUCCUACCGAACAAGCAUCAGGCGCCGAAGGAAGCUUUCUGGGAAGGCCAUCUUCUGGAGUCCGAGACUUAUGUUGGUGGUCACGUCGAAGCGCUGGAAGCUGGCGUGUUCCGAAGCGACAUCGCAUAUAAUUUCGCUGUCGACCCUACGGCUAUUGAUGAGUUGCUCCACGAUCUCGAUGCGGCGCUUAAGUUCAGCAUCGAGGUUGAAGAAAAGAAGAAGAUGGAGGACGUCGUCAACUACGAUGAGAUCAAGGCCGAGAUCGUUGAGAAGCUCAUGCAACUCAAAACUACACCGAAUCGUAACGAGCGACCCCUCAUCUACCAUUUGGACGUUGCAUCUAUGUAUCCGAACAUCAUGACAACUAAUCGUUUACAACCCGAUUCCAUGAUUGACGAGUCAAAUUGCGCGGCUUGCGACUUCAACCGCCCAGGAAAAACGUGCGAUCGCCGAAUGCCAUGGGCUUGGAGAGGUGAGUACCUCCCAGCUAAACGCGACGAAUACAACAUGGUCCGAAAUGCUUUGGAAAACGAGCAAUUCCCUGGAAGAUUUCCCAAUUCGCCAAAGAGAACAUUCCAAGAACUGUCGGAAGACGAACAGGCUACUCUGAUUAGGAAGCGUCUGACCGACUACUCCAAGAAGAUCUACCACAAGGUCCACGAUGCUACGACAAUCGAGCGAGAGGCCAUCAUCUGUCAGCGUGAGAAUCCAUUCUACGUCGACACCGUCAGUGGCUUCCGUGACCGACGUUACGAUUUCAAGGGCAAACAGAAGGUCUGGAAGGGCAAGACGGAGGCACUCAAGGCAGCCGGCGCUCCUGCUACCGAAGUUGAGGAUGCAAAGAAGAUGAUUGUUCUGUUUGACUCUAUGCAGUUGGCUCACAAGGUCAUUCUCAACUCCUUUUACGGAUAUGUCAUGCGAAAAGGAUCCCGUUGGUACUCCCUCGAGAUGGCCGGUGUCACUUGCUUGACUGGUGCCCGCAUCAUCCAAUUGGCCCGCUCUCUAGUCGAGCGCAUUGGACGACCCCUGGAGCUUGACACCGACGGUAUCUGGGCUAUUCUACCAGCGACCUUUCCGGAAAACUUUGCUUUCAAACUCAGCAACGGCAAGAAGCUGACGAUCUCGUAUCCUUGCACGAUGUUGAACCACUUGGUCCACGCGCAGUACACCAACCACCAGUACGAGACACUGGUAGACCCAGAAACCUUCCGGUACGAGAAGCAUAGCGACAACUCCAUCUUCUUCGAAGUCGAUGGGCCGUACAAGGCUAUGAUCUUGCCGACAUCGAAGGAAGAGGAUAAGAACUUAAAGAAGCGUUAUGCUGUGUUCAACCACGACGGUAGCUUGGCAGAACUGAAGGGUUUUGAGGUGAAGCGUCGUGGUGAGCUAAAGCUCAUCAAGAAUUUCCAGGCUCAGAUCUUCAAGUUCUUCUUGGAAGGUACAACACUGGAAGAAACGUAUGGAGCCGUCGCGAAGGUCGCCAACCGAUGGCUCGAUAUUCUCGACACUCGUGGAGCGACACUGGCAGAUGAAGAGCUCAUCGAUCUCAUUGUGGAGAACAAGAGUAUGACUAAGACGUUGGAGGAGUAUGGAGCGCAAAAGUCUACUGCUAUCACAACUGCCAAACGUCUCGCUGAGUUUUUGGGCGAACAGAUGGUGAAAGACAAGGGUCUAAACUGCAAGUACAUCAUCUCCAAGACGCCCAGGAACGCUCCCGUCACUGAACGUGCCGUUCCUUUGGCGAUCUUUUCGGCAGAGGAAACUGUCAAAAGGUACUUCUUGAGGAAAUGGUUGCGAGACGAUCCUGGGGAGAUGGACCUUCGAUCUAUCCUUGACUGGGAUUAUUACCGCGAACGUCUGGCGUCUGUCAUCCAAAAGCUCAUUACCAUCCCUGCAGCAUACCAGAAAGUCCGAAACCCCGUUCCCAGGGUGCCGCAUCCUGAUUGGCUUGACCGCAGGAUCCGUCAGAAGGAGGACAAGCUCCAACAGACAAAGAUGACGGAUAUGUUCAGCAAGAAGGUGUUAACCAACGGCGACGCCAACGUUGCGAACAACAAGCUGUCUGGGGAUUUCGAAGACUUCGGCUCUGCAAAGCUAACGCAGAAUCAAUCCCAGAUGAAGAAGGGCAUAGUCACUAAGAUGGUGGCGAAGCGCAAGGAGCCCGAGCCUGCAGUACCUAUUGUCGACCCAUACGCCGCACUUCCCAAAGUCAUGCCGAGCAUCGAUGAAGACUAUUCCGGAUGGUUGAUGUACCAGAAACAGAAGUGGAAGAUUCAGCGAGAAGCACGGAAGCGCAGACGACAGCUGUUCGGAGAGAAGGCUGUUGAUGCGUCCGAUGCGAUCGGUAGCUUUUUCCGGAACCAGGCUCAAUCUUUGUACAUCAGUACAUGGCAGCUUGUUCAGCUGCGACCGACCGAGACGCCAGGCGAGGUCAGAGCUUUCAUUCUGAUCGACAAGAAGAUACACGCCCUCAAGAUCAUCGUGCCUCGACAAUUGUAUCUGAACCUGAGGAGUGAAGAUCUUCCAGAUGUCUCGAUUAGUGGGUGCUCUGUGGAGAAGGUCGUCAACCAUUCUCUGCCGAACGGGCAUCCAUCGAUCCAUCUGUUCAAGCUCCAGAUGUCGGAAGAGACAUACGUCCAGGAAGCAAACAGUAUCUCAGCAUUGUUCAACCAUUCCAGUGUCGAAGGCGUAUACGAGAAGCAUGUGCCACUCAAUAUACGAGCCAUACUUGAGCUGGGUAGUACCUGCACAUUCGACGAGUCGCAGAAGGGUGUGCUCGGAAAGGGUCUUGAACAAGGUUUCGAUCUGUCGGCACUGCGAAAGGUGCCGACAAAAGAGCCAUACCUGGCUGAGGCACCGUUCAACUAUCUAUACCUCUAUCACGUCAGCAGCGGAGACCGCAACAUCUACGGUAUCUUCUCAACAUCAAAGAAUGAGGCGCACAUCGUCAUCCAGAACAAGUCCAAGGAUUCUCAGGGUAUGCCUAACGUCGACCGCAUCUACCGGGAUGCACUGCAACGACGGAUGGAAGACAGCAAUGGCGAACCGUGGCAGACUAUGAUCGAGUACCAGGAUGACAUUCAUUUCAAGACAACGAUGGUGACUACAAAGCGGAAGGCCCUUCUUGAGGUCGGGGACAUUGUCAAAAAGAUGAAGGCAGACGAAAGCGGGCCCAUGAUUGUGGUCAUGCAGUCGCCAAACCAGGCUCUUCUCUCCCACGACAUUCCUAUCCUUAAGGAACUACCCAUCUUACCGCUUCACCCUGAUGAGACUGAUAAGCAACUACCACCACUCGGCUGGCAGGCGUUCAUUGCCAGGCGACUAGUAGGCCACUAUCUUGAUCUUGGGUCCUGGGUUGCCCAUCUGCUGGAGCUUGCUCGCUAUGGAGACGUUCCGCUCUGCAACCUGGAGAGCAACGACCCACGCUUCCUGAUCGAUAUCGCAUAUGCACGACGCUUGCAGAAGGAACGAGUGAUACUCUGGUGGUCUGGUCAGGCGAAGCCAGAUCACGCUGGGUACGAGAAGGAUGACAUUCUUGGGCCCCUGGAGACGGUGGACAUGCCGUCGGUAAACAACCCAGGUACAUACUCGUCAGUAUGCAUCGACAUCAACCUUCGUAACCUCGCUAUCAACACCAUCCUGUCGUCGUCUCUGGUCAACGAGCUUGAGGGUGCAGACUCUGUUUCCUUCAACCCAUCUUAUGAUUCUACGGGUGACGGCUCCCACGUCAUCGUGUCAGACAACGCCUUUGCAGGCGCCGGUAUCACCGUCCUCCGAGAGAUGGUAAAGGCAUGGUGGGUUGAAGCUGUUCAAGCCGGGCACGGCUUUAGUAUGGCUGAUGUCAUGGUCCAACAUCUCGUCCGCUGGGUCAGCAGUCCGGGAUCGUUCCUCUACGACCGCGCACUACACUACUAUGUCCAGAUGAUGUCGAAGAAGACGCUACAGCAACUCAUGACGGAUUUCAAGCGUGUCGGUUCGCACAUCGUAUUUGCUAGUCCGAACCGCCUGCUUCUCCAGACGACUAAAGCUGAAGUGGGUAACGCUUAUGCGUACAGUCAGUACAUCAUCAAGACGAUCAAGUCGAAACCGCUCUUCCAGUUCAUGGAGCUUGAGAUCAAAGAAUACUGGGACUACCUGGUCUGGUAUGACGAGUUCAACUACGGAGGCAAAGGAUGCAAUGAAGUCACCGAGGACGAGACACAGCCGGUUGAGAACAUCAUGUGUUGGCAGCUUGCACAGUUCCUGCCGCCGAAGUUCCAGCCGACCUUCAACGAUUGGGUCGUGGAGUUCAUAGAACUCAUGCACGCACGAAAACGCCCUGGGAUUAUGGAAGACGGCUCGACACCCAGAGUCACCCAGAUCCCGCUCCGACCACUUACUGUCGAUCCGAACGAGCAAACGCAGAUCCUGCCGAAGCAGUUCACUAGACCUCUGUCGAAGCAGAUGAACGUUUUCGCCAAGAAGCAACACGCAGAGGUCUUAGAUCCCCUCUUCGCUUCCGACUAUGUCUUCCCCGAGCUUCCGGGCUCGCAUCUCAAGCUCACGAAUCCGGUCUUGCAACUCGUCAAGAGCAUCAUGCAAGUGCUAAGUCUGGAUCGUGCCAUCUCGCUCGAAGCGCGUGCGCUGCGAAAGGAGUUACUGAACCUCUUCGACAUUCGCGAGUUCAGCGCAGAAGCUAGCUUUACCAACCCUAGUGCCGCCCUCGUCGUCCGGGGCGUCAUCUGUGAUGAUUGCACAUCUUCGCGCGACCUGGAUCUCUGCCGCGACUCCUCUCUCCUUCCAGUCAUCCUUCCCGACAGCGACGCCGCCCCCGUCCUUCCCAAAUGGAAGUGCGACAACUGCGAGUCAACCUACGACAAACGACGCAUCGAAGAGCAACUCGUCGGCGAAGUGCAGAAGAUGGUACUCGAGUGGUGUACGCAAGAUCUGAAGUGCGGCAAGUGCAAGAGGCUACGCAGCAAUGAGUUUAUGGAACACUGUGCUUGCGCAGGCGAGUGGGUAGCUACGAAGAACAAGCAGGAGAUCAAGAGGAAGAUGAAUGUGUACGGCAAUGUUGCAAGAUUCUAUACAUUGGGCAUGUUGGAGGCUGUUGUUGAGGAGUGUUUGGAGAGUUUCUGA